UUAAAAAAAAAAAACUAAAAUCAUGGCGAAUCCUUUCUUAAUGGACGACGAUUUGGAUGGCGGCGACAUGGCCGCCAAUCCCUUCCUGAUUCAAUCAGAGCCGGAGGAGGCGUCAGAUAAUCCUUUCGGAGCAGGAGCUGGAGCCUCGAAUCCCUUUGCCUUUGGCGGCGAUGAUCUCGAACCGGAAGCGGAAGUGGAACCAGAUGCUGCUCCCAUCAAUGAUCUGGAUCCGGCGAUGAGUUUCUUCGGAACCACCAUUGAGGCGGAGGACGAUGCUCUCAGCUUGAAGUCCGGCGCCGAGGAGGAGGACGGCGAAGGCAAGAAGUCCCAGCCACAGCAGCCACAUCCACAUCCCCACCCGCCGCCGCCACGCCCCCAGGCACCGCCACAAAGUACCCAGGAUUUGAUUAGCACCGUGUCCAGCCAACUGGAGGAGACCAGCUCAGAGCUGCUGGGCAGGAUACCGGCCACCCGAUCGCCCAGUCCCGUCUCCAUGCGGGACCUGCACUCGCCCAGUCCCACACCCGACUCGGGGCUGGCGGAUCUGCUGGACGUUUCGGUGGACAGCGGCUCCAGUGCCCACAUCCAGGAGGUGGACUUGAUCAGUGGAGUUGCAGGUGCGGCAGCUCCGCCACCCAAUCCCUUGGAUAAUCCGUUUGCGGUGCCGACGGCGGUGCCCAGCUUGCAGGGUGCCACACCCAUGCCCGCCUCGCCGGCCAAGCAACCGCCCCGCCCGCCACCGCCACGCCCAGCUCCGCCACGUCCCACUCCUCCGGCCGGCCACAUGCCACCCCAGCGUCCUCCGCCACCGGGGGCAGUGCCCGCCAAUCCUCCCGCUCCAGCCCCCGCUGCGGCGGAUGCCGAUGACCUGCUGGACAUGUUCAGCACCUCCAGCAAGCCAGCAAAGCCGCCACCGCCCAAGACCAAAGAGGACAUCCUCAGUCUGUUCGAGCAGCCGCAGCCCCAGCCGGCGGUGGCCCCGAAACCGGAUCUGCUGAACGAUGACCUGCCGGUGACGCCGCCAGAGAAGCUGGAGUCCGAAACGGAUGCGGAGGCCGAGCCGGAACAGGCCAGAGAGGAGCCCAUCUUCAGCUCCCUGCUCACCCGACCGGACGAGAGCACCCACGACAUCACCUCCCAGCCCCAGGCGGCCACCGUGAAGGAUCGCCAAUCGAAUCACAUGACGGCUCCGCCGGAUGCCAGCAACCGGCAGAGAGCGCCCACGCCGGACAUCGAGAUCACCACGGUGGAGGAUCUGCCCAGGUCCGAUGACGAGGACGAGGAGCCGGAGGUGGUGCGUCAACCGGAUCCGGAACCAAGUGAAACGAAGCCGGAGACUCCGCCGACGGAGGCAGCGCCGGAAAUCGAAUCAGUUGCGGAGGUCGAGCCAGUAAUCGAACCGGAACCGGAACCUCAACUGGAGCCAGAGCCAGAACCGGAGCAAAUGGAUACCGGACUCGAUUUCCCGCCCGUGGCGAGUGGCCAGCUUUCCGCCAAUCCCUUCGCCAGUCCCGAGGAGGAGGACGAGCCCAGCUUUGCACCUGUGCCGGUGGUGGUGGGCAACAUCUUUGCGGUGGACGAUGUGGAGCCGGAGGCGGAAGCAGAACCGGAACCGGUGGUGGAGCCCACAGUGGCGCCCAGCUAUGUGACCAACAUUUUCGCCGCCGAACCGGACGAGUUCGAUGCCUUUUCGGCCAAGUUCGAUUCCGUGAAGAAGGACAACAUCAGCAUACUGGAUGGAUUCGGAGGAUCCGGGGCUAUAACGCCCACGGGCGGUGAUGCCUGGGGCGACAGUGCCUUCGGCUCGGCCACGAUCUCGGCCAAUGCCUUCGGGGAUGCCAACUCGGCGGACGAUGGCUUUGGCAACGAGGACGACGACUUCUAUUCGAUGCAGGCUCCUGCUCGCGCCGAUUCCGUGGAGUCCGUGGACAAGGAGUUCAGCGUGGUCAUCCGGCCCAAGGGAGAGGGCAUUGGCGGCGUGGCCCCGCAACUGGCACCGCCACCACCCCCCGCCAGGAUCUCCAAUCAGGCCACCACAUCCCCGCCGGCCACCGUGAAUCCGUUCGAGGAUGUUAGUGGAUUCCCGGCGCCAGCACCACCGCCAGCAGGCGAGACUCCCAUGAAGCGAACCGACUCCCAGGACACACCACAAACCCCGCUUUACGACGAGGAUGUUUCGCAGCCGCUGGAGGAGUUCCCCAGGCUGCACUACGUCGGCCCCGGGUGGGAGAUGCAGCUGCGACAGCCGAACAAGAAGAAGAUCACCGGCCAGCGGUUCUGGAAGAAGAUCUUCGUCCGCCUGGUGGUGCAGAACGAUGUGCCGGUGGUGCAGUUGCUCAACCAGGCCGGCGACAAGCAGCCCUUCCAGGAGCUGCCCCUCCAGCCGUCCUACUCGGUGUCGGAGAUCGGUGCCCAGCAGUACGACCAGUUCGGCAAGAUCUUCACGAUGAAGCUGCAGUACAUAUUCUACAAGGAGCGACCCGGCGUCCGGCCCGGCCAGGUGACCAAGGCCGAGAGGAUCACCAACAAGCUGACCAAGUUCGCACAAUACGCCAUCGCCGGCGACUACGAGGGCGUCAAGGAGUUCGGCAGCGAUCUCAAGAAACUCGGCCUGCCCGUGGAGCAUGCUCCGCAGUCGUCACAGCUCUUCAAGAUCGGCUCCAUGAACUACGAGGACAUGAAACAGUUCUCCGUCUGUAUCGAAGAGGCGCUCUUCAAGCUGCCAGCUCUGAGGGAACGGGCGCUCACCUACAAGAUGGAGGAGGUCCAGGUGACGGCCGUGGAUGAGAUCACCGUGGAGCAGGACAGUGAGGGCAAGAUCCUCAAGCAGAUCGCUCGAGUGCGUCUCUUCUUCCUGGCCUUCCUCACCGGCAUGCCGACCAUCGAGCUGGGCGUCAACGAUAUGUGGCGCCAGGGCAAGGAGGUGGUGGGCCGCCACGACAUCAUUCCGGUGGCCACCGAGGAGUGGAUCCGCCUGGAGGCUGUCGAGUUCCACAGCGUCGUCAAUCAGCAGGAAUACGAGCGAACGCGUACCAUCAAAUUCCAACCGCCUGAUGCCAACUACAUUGAAUUGCUGCGCUUCCGCGUGCGUCCGCCCAAGAAUCGCGAACUUCCGCUCCAGCUGAAGGCCACCUGGUGCGUUACCGGGAACAAGGUGGAGCUCCGUGCCGAUAUCCUGGUGCCGGGCUUCACCUCCCGCAAGCUGGGCCAGAUACCCUGCGAGGAUGUGUCGGUGCGCUUCCCAAUACCCGAGUGCUGGAUCUAUCUGUUCCGUGUGGAGAAACACUUCAGGUGGGUCAUGUCCUUAAUCCUCAAAAGUUCUUUUGUAAUUAUUUUGAAAUUAUUAUCCAGAUAUGGUUCGGUGAAGUCUGCCCAUCGGCGAACGGGCAAGAUCAAGGGCAUUGAAAGGAUACUGGGUGCAGUGGACACCCUGCAGGAGUCCUUGAUUGAAGUGACAUCGGGACAGGCCAAGUACGAGCAUCAUCAUCGCGCCAUUGUCUGGCGGUGUCCUCGACUGCCCAAGGAGGGUCAGGGAGCCUAUACCACUCACCAGCUGGUCUGCCGGAUGGCCCUCACCUCCUACGAUCAGAUACCCAGCGAACUGGCGCCGUACGCAUUCGUGGAAUUUACGAUGCCCGCCACGCAGGUCUCGCAUACCACCGUGCGCUCCGUGAGUGUCCAGGAUUCGGACGCCGAUGAGCCGCCCGAGAAGUAUGUCCGCUAUUUGGCACGACACGAGUACAAGGUUGGCAUCGAGACCACGCACGGCGAGUCCACGAACGCGUAUCUGGCGGCAACCCGGCCCAUCCGGGAGGAGACGACCACCUCGGCCGCCAAGCCGACGGCAUCUCCCGUCCCACCCAGCGAUUCGGACACGGACACCAACUAGGCUGGCUAAUCCUGUACCAGGAACUGGGCUUUCUGUAGAUAUUCCUCCCUGCAUGGUUUACCCAAUCGUUCUUGUUAUAUAUAUAUAUAUACAAAAUGAAAAAAAAAUACAAAACUAUAUAGAUAUGUCUGGGUCCCUAAAUAAUAUAAACAUAUAUAUAUAUUUUCAUGUGCGUCUGAUGCGAUUUAUCCCCUCUAGCCUUUAGCCCCUCUUCCCCACUAGAGAAAGAAAGAACUCCUACUUCGAAUAGCUUGUGCAGCGUGUUCAUCGUUUUUUUGCAAAAAUGAGAGAGAGAGUUAGGUAAAGAUUAGUUGACAAUAAAGUUAAGGGCAGCAGGAGCAAGGAUCCAGCUCGAAGAAUCUGUCUCGAAGGAUCAAAAAGAAGACGGAGCUGGACUAGAUGGCGGAGGAAGAGCACCAGAAACAGAAACAGC